AUGGCCGAAUUAGUUGUGCCAAAAAUUGAAAAACUUGAUGAAUUAAUAAGCGGCCAUAUAGGCAGGGAUAAAAAAAUUAUUGAUUCAAAAAUUACAAGGCUUACAGCACCUGGAGAAAACUUCGGGAGUGAGAUGUUAAAAGUGGAUCUUCGUCUUAAAUCUACUGAAGGCAAAGAGGAAGAUUUACACGUUGUGGCCAAACUCAUUCCAGAAAACGAAUUUUCACGCGCAAUUUUUAACGUGGAUGUGUCUUUUAAUGUAGAAAAAGAGUUUUAUAACAGUAUCGUACCUACAUUGCAAGAUUUUCAACGAAAACAAGGGAUUACUAAAGUUAUAGAUUGUUUUCCUAGAUUAUAUGGCGCCAGGAAUAAUUUAGGGAAUAAUGGAGAAAAGGUUGAUAACAAUGCAGCGCUCGUCUUGGAAAACUUAAAAAUUCAAGGUUUCGACAAUAUUGAUCGGAUUAAAGGCUUUGACCUGGCAACCACCAAGAUGAUCCUAAAAUGUCUUGCAGAGUUUCAUGCCAUACCAGUUGCAAUAAAAGUAAAAGAUACUAAGACAUUCGAAAAGAACAUUAAGGCGUAUAUGUCUUGCAACUUCCCCGCUGCUCCAAAACCACCAGUAGAGGACCUUUUCGAAGUAGUGUAUAAUACACUGCAAGAUAAGACAUAUGAAAAAUUUGUUCCAAAGAUUCAGGAAUCUGCAAAAAAAUUUUCAUUAAUGUCUGAUGAGUUUCGUGAACCAUUUGCUACCAUAUCACACAGAGAUUUAUGGGUUAACAAUAUUAUGGUUAAACAAGAUGAAAAUACCACAGAAGAAGUUAAGAUUGUAGAUUUUCAACUAUACAGUUACGAUUCACCUGCUGCAGAUAUAUUUUUCUUCUUGUUCUCCAGCGUCAAUUUUGAUGUUUUAAGAUAUCAUUUGGAUAAUCUUCUCCAUUAUUACCAACAGCACUUCCAAAGCACAUUGAAGAACCUUAAUUGCGAUCUAGAUUUUUCUUACCAGAAAUUCAUAGAAGAAUUAGGCUUAGCUACCAGCUGGGAACUGGCCCAUACUAUUUUUAUGGUUUCCUUUGUGAUAAACGGUCCAAAAGGUGGGAUUCCCAUGCCAAAGGACAUGAAUGAGAAACAGGAUCUUUCUCAUAUAAAACUUCCUGAUUUUGUAGUAGACAGAGUUAAAUGGAUACUUAGUGAAUGUGAUAGAAGAAAUUGGUUAAAAUUUUAA